AUGGCCAAAGACAAGAAGAAGAACGUCGAUGCCAAAAAGGCCAAAAAGGCUGAAAAGGCGGCUAAGCAGGCCAACAAGGGAGAGAAGAAGGCCAAGAACAAGGCGGCCAAGGUCGAAGGAAGCGAUGCUGAGGAUGUAGAUCUUGAUGAGGUGCUUGAGGAGUAUCGACGGCAACAGGAGCAGUUUCUCAAGAUCACAGAGACUGUGAUUGAAGCACCACCUAGGGCGAGAGCUGCAUCUACGCUGAUGGCUUCACCUCAUGAUAGCAACACCCUGUUAUUGUUUGGUGGGGAAUACUUUAACGGCUCUCUUGCCCAGUUCUAUAACGAUUUAAACAUCUACAACAUCAACCGCGAUGAGUGGCGGUGCGUUACUUCACCCAAUGCUCCCUUGCCUCGGUCUGGUCAUGCCUGGACCAGAGCUGGUAACCCGAAUCAUGUGUACCUUUUUGGUGGCGAGUUUUCUUCGCCUAAACAAGGCACAUUCCAUCAUUACUCAGACUUUUGGAGGCUGGAGCCUGCAACAAGAGAAUGGACAAAGAUUGAGUUCAAGGGCAAGGAUAAGAGUCCUUCUGCGCGAAGUGGUCAUCGAAUGACUUACUGGAAACAGUAUAUCAUUCUAUUUGGAGGAUUCCAAGAUACCUCGAACCAGACAAAGUAUCUGUCAGAUCUGUGGAUCUUUGAUACUGUCAACUUUGUGUGGCACUCUCCUCAGCUGCCUCCAGCGCAGCUUAAGCCAGAUCCCAGAUCUUCUUUCACCCUUUUACCGCAUGAGCAGGGCGCAGUUCUAUAUGGAGGUUAUUCGCGUGUCAAGUCUACGGUCAACGUCAAGCAGAAAGGCAACAAGGGUUCCAGCCAAGCUCAACGAAACGUUCUGAUUCCCAAGGUGCACGAAGACUGUUUCUUCCUUAGAAUCUCUCAGCCUGCCACCGAUGCCAGCCCUAAUACACCCCCUGUUGUACGCUGGGAAAAGCGAAAGAAGCCUGCCAACGCUCCCAAUCCUACACGUGCUGGUGCAACCAUGGCAUGGCACAAGGGCCGCGGUAUCCUGUUUGGAGGUGUGCACGAUGUUGAAGCCAGCGAGGAAGGUAUGGAUAGUGAGUUCUUUAAUCAGUUGUUCGCUUGGAACAUUGAGCGAAACAGGUUCAUGCCCCUUGGUCUGCGAAAGGCUCGCCAACAGAAGAAGGCUGCUGCGGAGCCCCGAGGCGGUCGCCGUGGUCGCGCCCAGGCUAACGAGGAUGAGCUGUUGAGGCAACUUGCUGCUCUGGAAACGGGUGCUUCUCUUGACGAUGCUGAUGACAUUGAGCUCGUCAAGAAGGAAGAGGAACAGGACGACGAGAAGCCAGCAAGAGAGAUGCCAGUGACCAUGGAACCUCCUCAUGUGAGAUUCAACGCUCAAUUGGCAAUCCAGGACGAUGUUCUAUACAUUUAUGGUGGCACUUUUGAGAAGGGCGAUAGAGAGUUCACGUUUGAUGAUUUAUACGCUAUUGAUCUUGGAAAACUUGAUGGCUGUAAGGAAAUAUUCAGUCGACCUGUCGAGGAUUGGAUCGAGUCGGAUGACGAGGAUGAUGAUGAAGAUGAUGAAGAAGAAGAGGACGAUGAAGACGAAGAGGAGGAGGCAGAUGAGGAAGCAGCCCAACAGCUACGCACUCCCAGCAAGCGCAAGAAGAAGCAAGAAGAGACUUCGGAGGUUUCCUCGGAGCCAUCCACGCCCUCAGAAGAAGAUGAUACCGAGACCUCAGCUACAUCUGUCGAUGACGGUCUGCCUCACCCUAGACCAUUUGAGACUCGACGAGAGUUCUUCGUUCGUACUUCAAACGAGUGGCAAGAGAUUCUGAUGACGAGCCUACGAUGGAAGAAUAUUCAGCCUGAAACCCUUCCUAUCAAGGAGAUCAAAGCAAAGGCGUUUGAGCUCAGCGAGGAGAAAUGGUGGGAUUGCCGUGAAGAGAUUGUGGCUCUGGAAGAAGAGCAAGAGGCUGCAGGUAUUCAGGAAGUUGUGUCUCUAGCAGACAGAGGCGAUGCCGCUGCUGCUGGCGGCGCGAGAAGAAGGUAA